GAUUAUGACUCUUUUUCUAGCAAAGAAAAUUAUACUCAGUCAUCUGAUUUUUAUUUUGAAGGACAGCAUUGGCUAGAAAAGCAGGAUGAAGCACACAAAAAUGCAGGAAGAUUCACUUUUUGAAGUUAUUUAGACUAUUGCUAGCGUUAAACACUCUGAGUGUCUGACCCAAAGGCCAGAGGCAGUCCUGAAUUUGCUUCUGCCCUCUCAUUUUAAUACCCAUGAUGACCAGACAGCCUGGAGCACUUACCAAGGCUGUGAGAAAAUGAUUUCUCCUACUUGCUCUUCUUGUCCAUGGGUUACUCUUGGCAGCCAUGCAUGCCCCACUUCCACUGAAUCCCUUGGGAGUGGCUGUGCAAGCUUCUGAAAGGAGGAGUGAAAUUCUGUCAGCCACGAGGCAAACCCAUUAAGAGCCAAGUGCUUUUAAAAGUGAAAAGCACCAAAGCUGAGUAAGUAUUUCGGAUCAACCACAAUAUACACUCUUCUGUUGCUAGCUGCUUGCCUUUUCUUUCUCUUCCCUUUUUUAAGGGGAAGGAGAUGUGGCUGUUCCCCAUGGACUUUGUAUAAAAGGCUUCUAGCCUUGAUGUUGAUCAUAGAUCAGAGGUGUCCAUAAACCAGCUAGCAAAAGCACUGUGGAUUCUGUUCUAACAGAAGCAUCUUGUAAAAUAGCAAAAAAAAAAUUCUCACAAACCAUGUCCUGGGGUUAUCUGUCAGACAGAGGAUAUAAGACAUUAUCUGCUUUCAGUGUUUAGAAACAAAAAGGCACAAUUCCCAGUUUAGCUUUUAAUGUUUUUGAAUUACAGCUUUUGCUAAGUGGCAGAACUGAUGUAGUAGAAAGCCCUUUCCUUCCAUGUUAGUCUUGCCAAUAGUGUCAGAGUAGUGGGACAAGGCCUGGAGGAAGGAAAUAUCUUUAAUUUUUAAAGAUUUAAGACUUCUAAGGGAAAAAAGUUUAUCUGGUAAUGAUCUUGAUCUGAUAAUGAUGGAAAAGCAGUAAAUGAGUCUCCUAUUGCAAUAGAUUAAAUAGGAUUAAAUUUUCCUAUUGACAAUCUUUUUUACUUUUUAGAUUGCCUGCAGCACAAAGAUUUCAUAGAAAAAGUUUCUGUGUAAUGAUAAUCCAAGGGUCUGGGCUUAUGACCAAGAACACAAGAAUCAGUGGAUUUUAGUACAUCAUGUCACUUUUUUCUUUUCAGUUUUUCUCCUUAUAAUUUCUAAGGACUGCUGGUUUUUGUGGGUCUUUAGCAUGAUUUAGCUUGUUCAGAUGAAAAGAUCCCAGUACUAGAACUGCUGGUUGAUUUUUCUGGCUAAUGAUGUGGAUGUUUCUGCUGGUCUUUGCUUCCCAUCCGAGAACAAGGGGACAACAGAGCUGCUUGGAGCAGGGCUGUGUGCCCUGCCAGACAGACGUCCCUUUGAGGCUGGGAUGAAUGGCCUGCCCUUGUGCAGCCACGACUGCCUGAGUCCAGAUGCAAGGCAGAGUGCUGUGUGAAUGGUACAGAGGGCAUUGGGCAGGACCUGUAACCCCAGUCCGCUGCUGAGCUGGUAAAACCCAUGGUUCAGCUGUUCAACUUAGUCACUGGAUAAUCCUUACAGCUAAUCAACUACGGAAUGAUGCCCAAACAGAAACAUGCAAUGGUGUACUGGCAAAGGACAGGAGGCUGCAGUUCCAUCAAAAGGGGAGAAGUAUGAACUCCACCGGCUCUGGAAAAAGCAGCGCGACUGUUUCAAGUGUUUCUGAAUUACUGGAGCUUUAUGAGGAAGAUCCUGAAGAAGUGCUCUAUAACCUUGGGUUUGGGAGAGAUGAACCAGAUAUUGCUUCAAAAAUUCCAGCGAGAUUUUUUAAUUCAUCGUCGUUUGCCAGAGGGAUAGAUAUCAAAGUGUUUUUGAAUGCCCAAAUACAGCGCAUGGAAGUGGAAAAUCCAAGUUUUGCUUUAACAAGUCGUUUUCGUCAGAUUGAAGUGCUUACUACUGUGGCCAAUGCUUUUUCUUCUUUGUAUUCUCAAGUCUCUGGGACUCCUUUGCAGAAAAUUGGUAGUAUGAAUUCAGUGUCUUCCAGCAAAGAAGCAUCCAGCCCUCCCCCUUUGAAUCGCAGCAACACAGCCAGUCGGUUAAUGAAGACCUUGUCAAAACUCAAUCUGUGUGGCACACAGCAAGCUGAUGGCAGCAGCUCCUCCAGUCCUUCACCUGUUGAAAAAGGGAAAAGUCCAGCUGAAGUAGGGAGUGAGGAGAAUGAUGUAAAAAGUGAAUCUAAAUUGCCAAAAUAUCCUAAAAAGAAAGACUGUCCCUCUUUUUUGGCUCCUGUAAAGGAGGAGAUAGCCGGCAGUCAGACAAAGGCUGCAAGAGCAGAGAGACCCACGCACCUCCCUGCUGUGGCUGACGGAGCACAGGAGGGUUCUGUGCCUCCAGCAGACGGGCAGGGUGGCAGGCUGGCAACUGCCCAGGAUAGACCAUGCGAAGAACCUGGGCUUUUGGACUCUCCAGGCCUCAGCAGCAGCUCCAGCACCUCUGAGAGCAGUGUCCUGACACAGAGACUGUGCACAGCAUCGCCAGCGAGAGACCCCUGCGCUCCCCUCGCAAACCCGUCCGUCGUGAGCCUAAUGCUGCAGCAGAAGGACUCCUUUGAGAUGGAGGAGAUCCAGAGUACAGAGGGGGAUCUACCUCACGUUUCAGCUACACAUCAGCUAGCAGUGACCAAGUCAAGGAAAGAUCAGCUCUUAAGGACAGCAAGUCAGCACUCUGACAGCAGUGGCUUUGCUGAGGACUCUACAGACUGUUCUCCAUUCAAUCAGCUUCAGGUUCAGGAGUCUUUGCAGGGCAUGGGAAGCAGUGCUGACAGCUGUGACAGUGAAACAACUGUGACAUCGCACAGUGAGGAACAGAAGACACCGAUAACCAAGGAACUGCCCUGUUUUGAUAAGUUUGAGGAGGAGGAGGAGGAAGAUGAUGAGGAGGAGGAUUAUGAUGAUGAUGAAGAGGAUAUUAUCUCUCAAGUAGAGAGACGAAAAUCUUCUGAUAGCAGAAGGAGUGAAGACAGAAAAAUUAGUGACUGUAAAACUGAACAAAAUCAAGGACAAGAAAGCAAGUCAUCUCAUAUAUCAGAGACAGUCCAAGGAGAGGUCAGCUCCAAAGAGGAAGACAUUUCCAGUGAGCACAAAGAAUCAGACCUGCUGGAGGAAGGCAGCGUGUUUGAGUUUCCUCAGUAUCACACACACCAUAUCCUCAAGUCGAUGCAGUCUCUGGAAGGUGAUGGUUCCUCCACAUCAUCUGUGGACAGAGUUCAGGUUGCCUUGCAAAGAGCUGAGAUGAGGAUCAUCAACUCACCUGACUCCAAGGCCAGGUGCACUCUGCUUAAGUCAAAAGAUCUUCUGAGGAAGCAGAGACUCUGGUUUGCUGAAUCGGGCUAUCCUCUAAGGCGGUCUCAGUCUCUCCCAACUGCAUUGCUGAAUCCAGUGAAAGUGGUGUCCUCUGUGAAUGUUCAGUUAUCUCCAGGAAAAGAGACUCUCUGCAGUCCUCCUUCCUUCACCUACAAGUACACACAGGUGGAGGAAGACAAGGAAGCAUCAUCUGAGAAUGACAGAAGUGAGGAGGAGGCAGCCUCCGGCCAUCCUGUGUGCAAAUCCACACUGUUUAUUGCGCCUUCAUCCUCCAAGAAAGAGGUGCCCCAGGCAGGGCCCAGCAGGCUGUCUGAGGAUCUCAGUCCCACCAGGGUACAGAGCUGCCCCCUGCACAUGCCAGCAGCCAUGUCCCGCUCCACGUGCUCUCUCCAUUCCCUCCCCACGGAGUGGCAGGACCGGCCGCUGUGCGAGCACAUGAGGACGCUCAGCACCCACAGCAUCCCAAGCAUCUCUGGCUCUUCCUUCAGUGCCAUGCUUUCCCCCUUCAGCUGCCCCUUCUUUCCAAGGCAUGGAGUUCCUCAUCGUCCUCCUGCCAUGAACCCACCCUCCACUGUGGAGAUGCAGCUCCGCAGGGUCCUCCAUGACAUCAGAAACUCUCUGCAGAACCUCUCACAGUACCCAGUGAUGAGGGGACAGGAUUUUUCAGCUGCCACUGGUUACACUACUCAGAAAUCAUCCAUUCUACCUCUCUACGAGAAUACUUUCCAGGAGCUACAAGUGGUGAGGAGAAAUCUAAAUUUAUUCAGAACCCAAAUGAUGGAUUUGGAAUUGACUAUGUUGCGUCAACAGACCACAGUUUAUCAGCACAUGACAGAGGAGGAAAGAUUCGAAGCUGACCAGCUGCAGAGCCUGAGGAAGUCUGUCCGCAUGGAGCUGCAGGAGUUGGAGAUGCAGCUGGAAGAACGUCUGCUUGCCUUGGAGGACCAGCUCAGAAGUCUGCACAUGUCUUCACCUUACAGACCUCAGGCACACAUAGGUAUGUAUGGAAGCAGAAGUGCUGAUAAUCUGUCAUGUCCUUCUCCACUGAACGUCAUUGAACCAGUCUCUGAGCUUAUUCGAGAGCAGUCAUUUCUGAAGUCUGAACUGGGUUUAGGACUGGGAGAGCUUGGACUGGAAACUCUCCCAGCAGAGGGUGCAGAGUCGGUAUUCUCCCAUGGAAACUCGGAUUCCUCUUCAGUGUGCUCUGGUCACACAGGUAGAAGAGCCAGGAGUCAAAGCAAGAAGUUGUACCGAGCCUCUGUUGCCUUAACACCAACUCCCCCCCUGAGAGCAGGCGCUGGACAGCCAGUGGAAAGCUCUGAGGAGCUUGCAGACUCCAAGCCAGAGGUGGAGCACAAACUUGAAAAAAUCCCUCUCAUGCCUUCAGCUGAUGAAAUCCACAAAGCAGUGGAGCAGGAGGAGCUACAGCAAGUCAUACGGGAGAUCAAGGAAUCUAUUGUUGGUGAAAUAAGAAGAGAAAUAGUAAGUGGAUUGUUAGCAGCUGUAUCGCCCCAAAGCAGAUCUGCAACUGCAAAACAAGAUACACAGCCGUGAAACUGGUACUACAGGUUGGAUGUAGUUGGAAGUGCUGUGGGAUUCUGCUCUGGGCAGCACCCAGUGGUGGAAGUGCCAAGUUGGUUUUGCUUCAGGAAGUGUUAAAGCUGCUGAGAUGGGCUACUGUGUUUGGCGCUGGGUUCUCCGAUGUGGACCUUUCCUUGAGUUCAUCUGUAAGGACUUAGACACUUUAACAUUACUUUCCUUAAAGCAUCAGCAAAAUUGUGUCACUCUGAAAGGUUUUGUAUUUAUUUGUAUGUCCCUGUUGUAAAUUUUUAUGUAGCUAAUUUCUUUGUCUAAUGAUGCAUCAUGAAACUUGAAGAUUUCCACACAUAACCAAUUUAUAAAUAACAUGUACACAUUCAGCCUAGCUUUUUUUAAAAAAAAUAGAAAAAACCCACAACAACCCCUCCCAAAACACUGACCUCUAUGAGGUAUUUAUUGUGCAAUAACUGAUCCACUUUAUGAGCUUGAAAUAACCAAUAAUGGUUUCCACUGCUGUUACUUAGUGCCACUUCAAAAGAAAGAAACAACCCUGUUACACAAAUUGCUGUUAAUUCUUGAGGUGGUUACUAUUAGCAAAGUGGUAGAAUGACAUGAGGUUACUCUUAAAACUACUUAAAGUUCUGACACUGAAAGCCUUAUCUUUGUGUAGAAGACAACUUUUAACUAAUUUUAUUUGCUUCCUUGCUGUUUGCUCAUCCCUUUAUAGGAAAGUGCCUUAUUUAAGCACUGGGGUGUUGUUGUUUUUUUUGGUGUUGACUACUUGCAGUCAUACCAAGAGAAGGAAGUUCUGCUUCAUAUUAACCAAAAUGCAAUAAAAAUGCUAUCUUCUGAAAGCAAUUAGGAUUUGCAACUUGGAAUGCACGAAUGACCUUGCUUAUAUUAUGGGGAAAAUGGAAAAAAUCUCUUUUCCUUCUCCAUCCCUCACAGAGUGUAUUUUCAGUCAGCCUGGUGAAUAUCUGAGUGUUCCAAUGGAGAAAAUUGGAAGUCAUUGGAGUUUUUAUGUGGUCAAAUAGACAUUCAGUGGAUAUGUAAUAUUCCUUUUGGCUGUGCGUGAACUCUCUUUACUCCUUUGCCUUUUCCAUCUACUAAAACUCUUCACAGUAUGUCAAGGUCUUUAAUCAAAAAUAGUUUCAAAUAUUACAAUAUUAUAUGAAAAAGUUUAUAAAAUUUUAAAUUGUGUUAGGAAGACACACAAGGGCUGAUUUCUUUAAAAAACUGUAUAUUAAACCAAUAAAAUAUUUAUUUUGCCUA